UGGAAACGAUGCUGGUGCCAGUGCAGUGACUUACGCAGCAAAAUAAAGGCACGCAGUUUUUGGAAAUCAAAAGCGAUUCCUAGUUCACGCGCUCCUAAUUGGUAGGCGGGUAUGAUUAGGUUUUUUAGUAUAAAAUGCCUGAGGUGUUCCUUCAACGAUAUCAUUCAGCAGUUGUCUAUCAUUCGACUAGCUCCAUCAUCCACAUUAAAUCUAGCAAGAUGUUCAGAUAUGUUGCCGUUGCCUUUGCUUUACUGGCCUGCGUGCACUCCAGUCUGGGAGGAUUAUUGGGUGGUUAUGGAGGAUAUGGUGGAUACGGAGGAAUAGGUCAUGGAUAUGGUGGAUAUGGCUUGGGCCAUGGAUAUGGCAUUGCAGCUAGCUAUGUUGCACCGGCUGUCACUAAGAUUGUGGCACCUAUCGGCCACGGAUACGGAUAUGGUGGCUACGGACAUGGUUACGGAUAUGGAGGCGGAUAUGGCCAUGGAUACGGCCAUGGUAUUGGUCAUGGAAUUGGAAUUGCUGCUGUAGCACCAGUUGCAGUUGCUGCUCCUGUCAUUAAAGUUGCAGCAGGCAUUGGUCAUGGUUAUGGCGGAUAUGGCCAUGGAUAUGGUUAUGGUGGCUAUGGACAUGGUUACGGUUAUGGUGGUCAUGGUUGGUAAAGAAGUUUCUGUUUCUGUAACCAAUUUUUUUAUAGGAGAUAAUUCGUAGAGCGCCAUUAUAGAUAGAAUGAAUGAUAGAUUCUUUCUAAAAAAAAAAAAAUAUAUUUUCACUCUCUCUCUCUAUUAGACUUGAUAAUUAUAUAGUCAACAUAUACU